AUGGAAAACAUGAAAUAUCGCGUUAUUUUCGAGUACGAGUUCCACCGUGGCACCAGUGCUGCAGAAACGGCUCGAAGGAUUAAUGAUGUGUAUUGUAUGGCGGCGGUGUCACAAAAGAAAAACAGCUAUCGUCCAUCGCAAACUACGUCUGAGUUAGCUGCAGGCUGCGGUGUUAGUGAUAAAACUGUAAUAAUCCACUUGAAGCAAAUUGGGAAGGUGAAAAAGCUUGAAAGGUGA